AGAGGGAGUGCUGGACAAGGCACUGCUCUGUCUCGAAGCUCCUAAGCCUGACCGAAGCUUUGCUUCCAGGAAGUUUAUCAUGGAUCUGAUACUUUGGACAUUGACGAUGAGCCUGGCUCUCGUGGUUGGCUUGUUUGUGCUGCUGGUUUCUGGGGUAAUUUACACUGUCUUCACUGAUUCAGUUCUGCCUCCAGGUAUCCAGGACCCAGGCAAACUCAGACUCAUCUACGGGCUUCAGGUUGCCAUCGCCACUCUGGGAAACAUCAUACAGAACCUGGGCUUCGGACCUCAGAUCACUGCUAUCCGAUACCUGCGCAGGAAGGCACUCAUGACAAGGCACAAGGAAGAGGCUGGGCUGGUUACCCAGGACGUGCGAUUUGACGGUGUCCCCGUGAGGGUUUAUCAACCAUCGUCAGCGGCUGCGGGAAAGAGUCGAGGGGUCCUGUUCUUUCACGGAGGUGGAUGGGUGUUUGGCAGUAUAAAUGAGUAUGACCACUUGUGCCGGUAUAUUGCCAGGGAAACGGGCUCAGUUGUGGUGUCUGUGGAGUACCGUCUUGCACCUGAGCACAGGUACCCCACCCAGUUUGAAGACUGUCUAAAAGCCACCCUGCACUUCAUGAAGAGCGCGGCAGAUUACGGAGUGGACAACACCAGGAUCGUUGUGAGUGGGGACAGUGCUGGGGGCAACCUAACUGCAGCCGUUUGCCUGAGAAUUACUGGCAUGGAGGAGAGCCCAGGGCUGCCACCUCUUAGAGCCCAGGUCAUGAUCUACCCUGCCCUCCAAAUGGUUGAUUUCAACCUCCCCUCCUACCAUCAAAACCAAUUUGUUCCGCUCCUGUUCCGAACACGUAUGGUCUUCUUCUACCUACAGUACCUGAACGGGGACUUGUCAGUGGCAGAGGAAGUGAUGGCAGGUGAGCAUCUGCCUGUGCAGCUCAAAACUAAAUACAGAAGUUGGAUAAACGCAGAUCUGAUCCCCAGCGAGUUUAAGGCUGGAGGGCACAGCUCCAGACCCCUCCUAACACAUGAUGAAGAUGUCUUUGACCUUAUUAAACUCAGCUUGGAGCCGACCUUCUCCCCUCUUCUUGCCAGUGACAAUGCCAUCAAGAGUUUGCCACCGGCAUACAUUCUGACGUGUGAGUUUGAUGUGCUUCGAGAUGAUGGACUGCUAUUCAAAAAGAGGCUGGAAGACAAUGGUGUUCCAGUCUCCUGGUACCAUGUUCCAGAUGGUUUCCAUGGGAUAGUCAGCUUCUUUGAUAAUGGCUACCUGACAUUCCCAUCUGGAAAACGAGCUGUUGAUAACAUUGUCACCUUCCUUAAGGACAUAUAAUGUAUCUUCAUUACAGUGUAUUCUCAAUCUUUCUACUUCCUAUGUCAAUAUAUGGUGUAAAAUUAA